AGAACACCGCCUUCCAUCCGGGCACCGCUCUGUACGUCACACGCUGCAGCCCAGAGGGUGGGGGUGAGGAUUUCUGUAAGCGACGAGCUGGGCGUGGCUGGGUGUUUGGCCAAUCCAGGCGCGCUCCUGUGUUGUGCGGCCGGUUUGAAUCCCGGGGGCUGCCGUUAGGUUCGUUAGCCGGCGGAGAGCUGCUUCAGCCGUGCGCCCGAGCCCCCACCCGCGCCGCGAGGAUGCCGAGGACCCCGCGCAAGAGCGAGGUCCUGGCCUCCUCCCUGGUGAGCAGCGUCAACCACGCCCUGGGGAAGCUGCUGGACAUCUGGCACCAGAUCGGCAUCAAGGAGGAGAUGCAGCUGGAGCGCAUGCAGGCGGUCAAGCAGCACAUCGAGGAUCUGUUGAACGAAAUGAUUACAGAGGAAUGCCAGUUAAAGGAAAGAAUCGAAAGCAGCAUUGAACGCCGUAAAAAGGAAUUGACGUCACUGAGAAAUGAACUGUCGCUGGACCCCUACCUGGCUGAAGAGGAUAUAUCCAUCCUUCAGAUGGAGAAAGAUCUACGACUGGCAUUAGAUGCUACACUCAAAGAAAAAAAUGAGAGGCUGGAGGAAUUGAAGCAACUUCAGCAGCAAGAUGAAAAGCUCUGUGCUGAGCUUUUUACCACCCCUUACUAUAUUCCUACUGGCAGCAUUCCAAGUCGUUUACAGCUGGAAGAGUUAAAGGAACAUGUUCGGAUGCGUUCAGAUGAGAAGAAACGACGUCUGGAAGUUUUUCUCAAACUAAGAAACGAAAUCAGGCAGUAUAAUGAAGAGAUUGGGCACACACCUGAUUCUACUCUUGAAAAAGAGGCGCUCUCUGAUGAUGAGGAACCUUUUUGUCUUACCAAUAAGAACAUUGAAGCUCUUCAAACACUUGUUUAUAAGUUGCAGUUGAAGAAAGAAUCUGUAAUCUCAACACGGGAGGCUCUGAAGGAGAAGGUACGACUUCUGUGGAAUAGACUGCGCUGGCCAUUAGAGAAGCAGGAACAAUGUAAAAUGAAUAUUAAAGGCUCCAUUACUCAAGAAGUUACCAUGUGGGAAGAAGAGCUGCUGCGUCUGGAGGAACUGAAGAAAGAAAACUUGAAGGGAGUGAUUGGAAAAGUCAGACAGGAGCUUGACCUUUACUGGGAAAAAUGUUUGUAUAGCACAGAACAGAAAUCAGCCUUUCAUCCAUAUUAUGAUGAUAACUUUACAGAAGAUUUGUUGAACCAACAUGAUGAGGAAGUUAUGAAAAUGAAACUCUUUUAUGAGAAAAACAAGGCUUUAUAUGAUGGCAUUGCUAAAUGGGAAGCUACCUGGAAACAGUUCAUGGAGUUGGAGAAAAAAUCCACAAAUCCAAACAGAUUAGUUAACAGAGGUGGCACUCUAUUGAAAGAAGAGAGAGAACGCUCAAAGAUCCACAAGCUGUUAACAAAGUUGGGAGAAGAUCUGAAAAGGAGCAUUGAAAGCUGGGAAAAAGAACAAGGCUGCAACUUCCUGAUCAAAGGUCAAAGGUUCCUGGACUACAUGGCAAAUCAAUGGGAACAGCACAAACUUAAAAAGGAACAAGAGAGAUUGACGAAGAAGGAAGAUUCUGCAGUUCUGAAAACACCCAUGAAAAGGCAUGCUGGCUCAACCACUCAAACUCCCCUUAAGACAAGGAAGUUACACGGAGUCACAAAUUUCACUGUGCUGCGGGCAGCCAGCUGCAUCAGUCUGACCAGCACGGGUACUGCAGCUGUUGCCAGAACACCCAUUCCAGUUUGUAAGACACCAUCUAAAAGCACACCACCAGAGUCCCUGCAGCCAGCACGAUUACAAGAGGACAAAGAAAACCAGCAAACCAGCAAAUCUAUCAAUCAAUUCAGCUACUUAGACUUCACGGAAUAUAUGGUAUUGGUCACCAUAUCACAAAUGGUAUUACUGCAUCCUCAACUGCAGAGUUGGACAAAAGUUCAGGUCAGAAAAACACAAGGAAAGGAUCAAAAGAGGACACUCUAACUGGAUAAGCCAGCAAAAGAAAGAUCUUUCAAAGAAAACUAGCAAUACCAGUGGGAUUUUCAACUCUACAGUAAAUGAGAACAGAUAUUAAGGAUCCUGUUGCUGCACCCUCUGAAAUGCCGGGAUAACUCAUUUCUUUGUGGCACUUGAGCUCUUUUAACUAUUUUCAUAGACAGGAGAGAAGAUGACUUAUACUGUACCCUUGAUGCCAGUGCCUUGACUAACUCCGGCUAUCAAAUUGGCACAUGCGGCAAGUCAAAAGGAUUUGUGUGGCACCACAAUUGUACCUUGAACUCUAUUUCCUAGCUAGAAAAUAAAAAUAGAAAGUAGCACUUAAAAGUAA